AUGGCCAAGCCAUCCGAAUUUGUUGACCACUAUGCUGUGUUGGACUGCUCCCCGAAGUCAUCGCAUGGAGACAUCAAGCAUGCAUAUCAUGAGAAGUUGCGUGAAUAUCAUCCGGACAAACGGCCCAACAGCACAGAGGGCCGAGGCAAAAAAGUUACAGCAGCUCUGAACCAAGCUUGGGAGGUUCUCAAAGACGAAGCACUUCGACAAGAAUAUGACCGCAAGUGGCGGGAAAUCAUGGAGCCAGCUGUUCUAGCUGACGAGUGCCGUCGUGCCGGAAAUGAGCUUUAUCGAGCUGCAUGUCUCCUCGCUCAAAAGCAUGCCGAUGCUCACGGAGACGGUGUUACGUUCGGUGGAGAAGGUCUGGACUGGGCGAAGCAGGCUUUGGAGAAGUACCAUCUAUCAAUCGAAGCCUAUUCGAGAGGUUUGGAAGCUGCUCCUCAUGACCACCGCUUGUAUAACAACAGGGCCCUGUGCUUUGCCGCCCUGAAGAUGUGGACAAGAUGUCAGGAUGAUGCACGUCAAGUCAUACAGCUCAAGCCGGACUUCAAGAAGGGCUGGUUCUUGCUUGCGAAAGCACUCUGGAAGGAUGGCCAGCUGGCAGAUGCGAAGAAAGAGAUAGAUGCUGGUCUUACACUCCUUCCGGAAUGUGCUGACCUGCUUGAUCUGCAGGCAGAGAUCCACAAUGCGCUCACGGAGCAAUCAGGUGGCCAGCACCUUCCGUUCAUAUUGACCCGACGAAGCAGCGUCAGCAGGAACGUCUCUCCAGUUGGAACUCCCCCGCCGUCGUCAAGCUCUGUUCGUGUACAGCCUCCGCCUCCAAUCCACAAGCCGAUGCCUCCCCGGAGGCAGGCCUGCACAUCUCCCUCUCCGCCACCCGAUGUUUCUGGACGAUCCCAGAGCUUACGUUGCUUCGACAGGCAGACAGUGGGAGCCAAGAGCAGUUCGCUGUCACCUUUGAAGCAUCGACAUCUACCCAGGACAGACCUGGGAGAUACGCUGGCGCCGGCCGGCCUGGAAGCAACCGCUCGAUUUGGAGACAGCACAGCAGACUUUGGCGAGAAGAUCAAGUUUUUCGCAAAUCGAUCGGCAGGGCUGUCGGGUGUCUGCUCUGGCGACCGAACUUUGUGGGACCUGGCUCAGCAUCAUGGUAUGCGAAAAUGA